UCAUGUUGUUAAUAUGUCACUGUUCACCUCAGGAGUAGGCGACUGACAAUCGAUAGGGCGUGUUUAUUUUUUAGAAAAUAACGUAGGCUGCAUUAGUAAAUAUCCAGUAGCCAUGUCUACUAUAUGGCGUGUGCAGUCUAGCUCAUGAGCGUCACAUUUUGACAUAGUUUUGCUUCCUUUCUUAGGAGUCAGGAUUUUUUAACCGACACCCUUGGGCAACCCAGCGGUAGAAUUUCUACUCCAUGUCCAAACGUUUUGGAAAGUCCAGCUGCUGUCUGUCUCCUCUCUGUUCGAUUAACCACGUUGACCUUCUGACCUCACGUUUCUCUCUGAACUUCACGUUCCCGCCCCUCGCUCGGGGUUCGCAGGCAGCGCUGACCAAUGUAUAAAAGAGUUUGUAAACACUCCUUGGUCCUGACAGCAUCAUCUGUGUAUAGAGCGUUUUGAGAGGAAGCAAUUGAUAGCGGCAAAGCAUAAUGGAAGUCUUUAAUUCGUCACUCACAAUCAUUUUAAUGAUAGGCCUGGUUAUUCAACAGUCUGCAGGAUUUUGGCUGUUCAAUGUCAUUUUCCCUCCUACUGCAAAACCUCAUACUGCAACCAACAACACUCCGCCUGUUAUUAUAGUUCCAGGGAACUUGGGGAAUCGCUUGGAGGCAAAGAUUGACAAGCCAUCCCUUGUCCACUGGAUGUGUUACAAGAAAACAGAUCACUUUUUCACUCUGUGGAUAGACUUGAAUAUGUUUAUGCCAAUUGGCAUAGACUGCUGGAUUGACAAUAUCAGGAUUGUGUACAACAGGACCACAAGGAAAACCUCCAACGCACCUGGCGUGGAGGUUAGAGUGCCAGGCUUUGGCCAGACCUACCCAAUAGAGUUCUUGGACACAAACAGAUUAGCAGGAUAUUUCCACACCAUGGUUCAGCAUCUGGUCAACAUGGGCUAUGUCCGCAAUGAGACCGUGAGGGGAGCGCCCUAUGACUGGAGGAUCGCACCCAAUGAGCAGGAGCAUUACUUCCGGCAGCUGCAGGACCUGGUGGAGGAGAUGUAUGAUCAGUAUCAGCAGCCCGUGCACCUGCUGGGCCACAGCAUGGGCAGCAACUACAUCCUCUACUUCCUCAACCAGCAGCCCCAGGCAUGGAAGGAUAAGUACAUACGCAGCUUCAUCUCCCUCGGGGCGCCCUGGGCCGGCGCAGUCAAGCCGCUUCGGGUCCUGGCCUCAGGUGAGAAUGACGGCAUCCCGCUGGUGUCCAACAUCAAGAUCCGGGAGGAGCAGCGCAUGACCACCACCAACCCCUGGAUGCUCCCGACGGAGGACGCCUGGCCCGCCGACCACGUCUUCAUCUCCACGCCGCGCUUCAACUACACCAACCAGGACUACAAGCGCUUCUUCCAGGACAUCAGCUUCGAGGACGGCUGGCACAUGUGGGAGGACACGCGCAACCUGUCGGCCGGGCUGCCCCCUCCUGGCGUGGAGGUGUACUGCUUCUACGGCGUCGGCCUGCCCACGCCCGUCACCUAUAUCUACGACGAGGAGUUCCCCAACGCGGACCCCGUGGACUUCCUGUAUGACGACGGCGACGACACGGUGGACAGCCGCAGCAUGAGCAUGUGCAAGCGCUGGGUGGGCCAGCAGGAGGCGCCGGUGCACGUGAAGGAGCUGACGGGGCUGCCCCACCUGGACAUGGUCUUCCACCCGCGGGUGCUACUCAUGAUCCAGAGGAUACUGGAGGGCAAGGGCGUGGAGGAGGUGUUCCAUGCGUACGAUUUCUACCCCACACCGGCCCCGCGUGCCAGCAACACCACCAACACCACCCAGUCUCCUCCUCCUGCUCCUCUCACAGACGAGCCCCCAGUGUCGGCACCGUAGGCCUUGUGCCUGUGUAGGUGGAGGGAGAGGGGAAGGGGGGGAGCAGCGCACAAACGUGAAGAUUACUGCCUAUCAUGAGUCUUCAUGCAUUGUGAACAAGCGAAGCAUAGAACCAACUAAGUUCUACUUCAGUUCAACUUAGCAAUGUGUUUAGAAACAUACUGUACAUGGAUGCAUGACAUUGUUAAGUUGAAACUAUGUGAAAGAGAAAUGUGUGUCUUUCUUUCCUUUCUUCUUUCUUGGUUGGUUCUGUGUUUCACUUAUUUACAGCGAUGAAGACGGAAACAAUAAUAACCUCUGUCGGUUACUCAGAGCCGACUUUACACACACAUCAGAGACAGUGAUUAAGACAGGUGUCAAGCUGGGGGAAAGUGUCAAAUCUGUACUUACAUGCUCUUUAAAAGACUCUUAAAUGCCCAGCCUCUGUUGUACAGUAUGUGUUGUGUGAUUGUGUGAUGUCUUUACAUGUUGGGUUGCUUUAGGUACCUAAAAAUGUCAGUGUAUAGUGUUUCAGUGUAUUUUUAUUCUAAUUAAAUGUACAUUUUAUAUAUCUGUACUUUUGUAUAACUGGAUUCUAAAUCUGACCUGCUGAUUCUGCUUGUAAUUGACACUUUGGACUGAAAUGCAGAAGGCACUGGAUAGAUUGCUGAAAACAUUUGAUGUAAAAAUAUAAAAAAUAAAGACAUAAAUAACAAGUUUUCUGAUACAUUUUGUGUACUGGUACUGUAUACACAUUGAGCUUUGUUUAUCUUUUCCUACAUUUAA